UUGAAAUAGGAAAGACUUUAAUAUUAUUUCCUUUUGUUUUCCAGGUGUUGGAUGGAUGCCAACUUCUUAUAUAUUUUUGAAGGGGCCGGGAGAUGGUUGACUUUAGAACAAUAGACAGAUACAUCAGUAGGUUGACCAGCAGAACAAAGAAGAACUCAGAACUAUUAGCAUUGCAUUAGAGAUAACAUUACACAAUUUGACUCAGAUUCAAUUUGUGACAAAACAAAACAUGGCAGAAAUUCUGUUGACAGUAGUAAUCAAGAAGGCUGCAGAUAUUGCCGGUGAACUUAUUUCAGCACAAGUUUCUAGGUAUAGUAAAUUGCCAGAGAACACAAAAUGGAUCGAAAGAGAGAUGAGACACAUGCAAUCUUACCUCAAAGAUGCUGAGUCCAAGCAAGCCAGAGAUGAAAGAAUCAAGAACAUGAUCAAGGAUAUUGAAGAAAUUGCUCGUGAUGUGGAAGAUAUUCUGGAUGAGUUUCUUCCCAAAGUUGCAUCCAAGGGAGGAAAAUCACUUGGGUUUUUUAAGAAGACUUUUCACGCCAUUCCGUUUGGAAUAGCUGCAUUUAAGUUUGUUUCAGAAAUUGAGAAGAUCAAGAGAAGGGUACAUGAAAUUGAUCGCGUAAGAACAACUUAUGGUAUCAUGGAUACCGGUGCUAGUGCUGAAGCUGAUGGCAACUGGGAUUUUAGAAGAUCAUUUCUCUAUGCCGAUGAACCUGAUGUUGUUGGUCUAGACAAAGAUUGCCAAAGUUUAGAGGCCAAAUUACUCGAUGCACAUUUAAGGUACGCUGUAGUCUCAAUAGUUGGCAUGCCAGGUCUGGGAAAGACAACACUUGGAAAGAGAAUUUACAGGCGUCUUCAAGGUAAUUUCGAGUGCUCCGCUUUAGUCUAUAUUUCUCAAGAGCCAAGAAUGAGGGAGCUUCUACUCAGCAUAGCUAGACAAGUAGGCCUACCAGAAGGAAGGAGAGAUGAGGAGUUGGAGUUCAACUUGAGCACAUUCUUGAAGGAAAAAAGGUAUCUUGUUUUCUUGGAUGACAUUUGGAAUACUAGCACUUGGGAUGGUUUGAAACUUGUCUUCCCCAACAAUUGUAAAAGUGGAAGUAGGCUUAUUAUUACUUCACGAAAUAAUAAUGUUGGUCGAUACAUUGGAGGUGAAAAAUCACUUCAUAAGUUGCAACCCCUAGAUCCAGAAAAUAGCUGGAAGCUAUUCUCCAAGAUGAUCACAACCCUUCAAGAAACCACCAUCAAUCCACCAGAGCUGAUAGACAUUGCUAGGAAGAUAGUAGGAAGAUGUGGUGGCGUGCCUCUAGCUAUUGAGAUGACAGCAGGUAUGUUGCGUGCCCGAGAAAGAACAGAACCUGAAUGGAAUGGGAUACUCAAAAAAAUAGGUCUAGAUGAUCAAGACAAAUUCUCAAAGAUUUUGACUUUGAGUUACACGGAUUUGCCGGCCACUUUAAAACCUUGCUUUCUCUAUUUUGGACUCUUUCCUGAGGAUACACAAAUAUAUGCUUCUGAUUUGAUCAACAUGUGGGUUGCAGAGAAAUUUUUAGGAAGUGAAAGGGGGAUGGAUGCCACAGAUAUUGGGGCAGACUACCUAAACAUCUUGGUGGCUCGGAAUUUAAUCCAGGUUGCUAGUAGAGGAUUCGAUGGAAGGAUCAAAAGUUGUCGAAUUCAUGAUCUUUUGCAUGAUCUUUGCAUUACACUGGCUGAAGAGAGCAACUUUUUUCAGAAGGUAGACAGCAGAGGUUUUGGUGCUACUACUACCAGAAUUCGAAGAGUUGCUCUCCAUCCUCGACAUAUCACUGAGUAUGUCACUUCAAACUCUGAAGCUCCAAAGAUUCGCGCUUUGCUAUGUUUCACCAGCGAUUACCAGGGAAUCGACCAGCAACAUCUCCAACAUAUGAUUUCCAGAUUCAGGUUCCUACGUGUUUUGAGUCUUGAGGCUAGAUAUUCUUGGUGCUCUUUGCCAAAUGAAAUUGUGAACAUGAACCACUUAAGUUACAUUAAACUAAAAGGAACUUUCCAUGGAGAAUUUCCUUCCCGUGUAUGUUAUCUUGAAACCCUUCUUACCUUGGACAUCCGAGGAUGUUUGGGAACCAUAUUCCUUCCUACUUCUGUCUGGAGGAUGAGACAAGUGAGACAUAUCCUUCUUGGAUAUACUACUAACUUCAUAUCCUCAUUUUCUCUCACACGCAGAUUUAAGAACAAAAAUAUGUCCCUUCCAGAUAAGGUGGAUUCAAUAAAUCUCCAGACACUGUACAAUGUACAAUCCGAGUAUUUGAAACCGAGCUGGUUCUCUAAAUUCAUCAAUUUAAGAAGAUUGAAGAUAAGGUAUAUCUCAGAAGAGAUAUUGAGGGCAUUGAUGGAUGCAGAUCAUGUGUUACAGAAGCUCGAGAAGCUUUGUUUGGGAGGAAAUUUCGACGACAGAACUUCUAUAAGUAUUGAAGCAGGGGCAAUCAGCAGUACGUAUUAUACACAGACAUUCAAUCUUUCUGGCUAUCAUUAUCUCACCAAGCUGAAUAUUGAGCACAUACCACUGAAAAAACUACCCAACUCGGAAGCAUUUCCUCCAAAUAUCAUCAAACUUACUAUUUCCGCAUUUACAAUGACAGAAGAUCCAAUGAAUACACUAAAAAGACUACUCAAAUUAAAGAUCUUGAAACUCAGAGACUUUUACUACAACAGUGUAAAAAAGCUGGAUUGCUCUGGUGUAGAUAGUUUUCCGCAACUUGAACUGCUUGAAAUUGAAGAUUGUACUUCUCUACAAGAAUUGAUAGUGGAUGAUAUGGGAAUGCCAAAGAUCAAGAAGAUUGUAGUUCUUAAUUGUCCUUCACUAAAGAAAAUCUCAGGGAGACUUCAAUGCAGAUUGCUGGAGAAGACAUCUGAUGCAAAAAGGAGGAGAAAAUAAUCUAUGUUGGUAUUGUUGUUUUGAUAGAUUGAGACGCCAUGCCUUUGUUCUUUUAUUUGUUAAGACAUCCCCAAAAUGUCUACAGACUUGCUUCAACAUGGUUUCCCUGCUAGACUCACUGCAAUUCAUAGGCACACACGAAUCACGAUAUCCCUUUUCAUCAUUCUCAUUCUCUCUUUUUUCUUUACAUAUGUAGCACUUUCAAAACAAUAGUGAAGAUUUGGUUGCCAAAUGGAAUGUGUUGUCAUUGGUCUAAUAAUAUAUAUAGUAGAAUUCAAUUUCUCAAUCUUAAUGCAAUUCAUGUCAAGAUGAUUGCUACUCACAGCCUCUGCACAUGACAUGGAUUGAAAGUUCUUGAUUGGACAACUCUUACACUAAACUUCUUAAUCCAUGGAAUGAAAGUUAGCAACUUUCAUCCAACCUUUACCAAAUGUUCAUUCAAAAACUAAUGGUGCAAAUGAAAGCCACGCAAUUAUGACUUAAAUUACUUCCAAACUAAAAAAUGUUUGAAUUUGGAAGAACUUAAUUAGCAAGUUUCAGUUUUUAGUCACCAAAAUAACUCAAAUCAAUCUUAUAAUAUUACAAAUAAACUAAAAUUUUCUGAUAACUCAAAACACAAUAGAAUUACCUGAAUCAGAAGAUUUUGGAUGUUUUGUGAAGAAAUUGGAGGUUGUAUGUAGGUUUUGUUUGCUAAUACUCACUCAAAAUUACUUCAUUCACCGUCGAAAAUGGAGGAAUACAUCGGAGGGAAACGGACCUAGUGCGACUUAUAAAUCGUAAGUACAAAUGUGACUU